UUUACCAACGAGGAUCAUUUGGCUGUCCAUAAACAUAAACAUGAGAUGACACUGAAAUUUGGUCCAGCUCGUAAUGACAGUGUCAUUGUAGCUGGUUAGUAUAUGUUUCUAUUAAUCCAUCUUUCUUUUGGAAUGUGCACACACUUUGUAUUUUCUGUAUAUGAUUCGAAAUCUCUAGGCUCAUCAGAAGCAACAUCAAAAGAUAUGAAUAUGAAAUGAAUUUGUAAACUGUGUUGUCCUUUACUUUUAUAAAAUUAAUCAUCUGUCUAUAUAGGCUUUGACUAAUAAAUAAUGAGCAGUCCAAUGAAACUGAAAUUCUAUUUGUAAGGGUUGUCACAGCAAAUCAUACCUCGCAAUUAGAGUAAGGCACUGAUGAUAGAAAACACUUACAUGCACCAUCCUAGUCAAAUCAAUGUCAUAUAUUUGUAAAUGGGUAUUUGAUAAAUAUAGGUCAUUUUGCUUCUUAUAAAUUUAGCUAUAGCAUAAAAUAUUUUUGGUCUCAAGAGCAGUUGGUCAAAGUUUAUACUCUCUGAUCUUCUAAUUUCUUUUUCAGUUCCUUCCUCUAUGGUGAACUUUUCAUCUCAACCCCCUCUUUUGAAAAAUUCUGGCUGGAUAGCGAAUAAAGAGAAUGUUUUGUUAAACAUAAAGAAUGAAGAGGAGGGUCUGAAAGCAACCCUUGCUUGACUCUAGGGAAUUGCAUUUUAAGGAUUAGCCCAUCAAAAGUGCAUGCUAAUAACAUUUACCCACUACUUUUUCCUGAAACGGUGGUUAUUCACCAGAAGUAAUUACCAGUUUAGUAAUGGGUUGCAUCCAAAAGUGCCUUGCAUGAACAGAAAGACACAUGUACUCAAACAAGACUCUAUACAAGUUUUGCCAAUUCUCCCUUGUUACUAGACACAUAGAAUUCUUCUUGCUCUUCUCUGGACCCAAGGCAUUGAUUUUUCAUGAAAGCCAACACCUGAUAAGCAGAUACUGUGAAUUGCAGUAAAGUACAUUAUACACUUUUCUACUGUAUUGGAUACAGUGGAAUUGUGUGCAGUAUUGAUCCUUUGCAGGCAAUAUCAGACUCCAACGCCAACUCGAUUCCUGAAGAAUUGUGAAGAAGUUGGUUUAUUCAAUGAGCUUGCAAGUCCUUUUGAAAAUGAAUUCAAAAAAGCUUCUGAAGAUGAUAUUAAAAAAAUGCCUCUAGAUUUAUCGCCUCUCGCAACACCAAUUAUACGAAAUAAGAUUGAAGAGCCUUCUGUUGUUGAGACAACUCACCAGGAUAGUCCUUUACCUCAUCCAGAGUCCACUACCAGUGACGAAAAGGAAGUGUCACUGCAGCAGACUGCCCAGCCUACAUCCACAAUUGUUCGUCCAGCUUCUCUACAGGUUCCUAAUGUGUUGCUUGCAAGUUCUGACUCAAGUGUCAUUAUUCAGCAAGCCAUACCUUCACCAACUUCUAGCACUGUCAUAACCCAUGCUCCCUCCUCCAACCGGCCAAUAGUACCGGUGCCAGGUCCCUUCCCACUGCUGUUGCACCUUCCUAAUGGACAAACCAUGCCUGUCGCUAUUCCUGCCGCGAUCACAAAUUCUAACGUGCAUGUCCCAACGGCAGUUCCACUUGUUAGACCUGUCACCAUGGUGCCUAGUAUCCCAGGAAUUCCAGGACCUUCAUCUCCUCAACCUGUGCAGUCAGAGGCAAAAUUGAGAUUAAAAGCUGCCUUAACCCAGCAGCACUCUCAAGUCACAAAUGGAGAUACUGCAAAGGGACAAACAAGUGGGUUGGUUAGAACUCAGUCAGAGGAAGCACGGCCACAGUCGCUGCAGCAGCCUGCUACAUCUACUACUGAAACACCGGCUUCUCCAGCACAGCUUGCACCGCAAACGCCAAAUACAGGGGGUCGACGACGAAGGGCAGCAAAUGAAGAUCCUGAUGAGAAAAGGCGGAAAUUCCUAGAGCGGAAUAGGGCGGCAGCAUCAAGGUGUAGACAAAAAAGAAAAGUUUGGGUGCAGUCUUUGGAGAAGAAAGCUGAAGACUUGAGCUCAUUAAAUGGUCAAUUACAGAGUGAAGUCACCCUGCUGAGAAAUGAAGUGGCGCAGCUGAAACAGCUUCUUCUAGCUCAUAAAGAUUGCCCUGUAACAGCCAUGCAGAAGAAGUCUGGCUAUCAUACUACAGAUAAAGAUGAUAGUUCUGAAGACAUUUCCGUGCCAAGUAGUCCUCACACAGAAGCUAUUCAGCAUAGUUCGGUCAGCACUUCCAAUGGUGUAAGCUCAACCUCCAAGGCAGAAGCAGUGGCUACAUCGGUUCUCACCCAGAUGGCAGACCAGAGUACAGAGCCAGUGCUUUCGCAGAUUGUAAUGGCUCCUCCAUCUCAGUCGCAGCCUUCAGGAAGUUGAUUAAAAACUUGCAUUGUUUUUAGAUACUCCUUAGCAACUUCAAAGGGAAACCAAGGAAAGCAGCCUUCAUUUAGGAGAAAUCUGUAGCUUAAAAAUGAUUCAUCUGUAAAAUUCAAACUUGAAUUUGGCUUUGAAAGUUGGCGAACAGGAAUGGCACAGCGGGUUGUAGUCUCUUAAUAGACACCAAGUUCAUUUUCCUUUCCUAAUUAGGAUUGCUAGUUAUUUUCAGUGCUCGUCAUGUAAAGUGUUGGUACAGUUUAAAUGUACUUACUACUUUAAUUUGGUGGUAUUCCAAGCAGUCACGUAAAAUGCUCACCCAAAAAACUGUGAUAGUAAUCUUGUAAUAUUUUAUACCAAAGUUCUGCAUAGAAUCCUAUUGACUUCGUAAACUCUACAAGAUCAUUAAAGCACUAGGCAAGAGAAAAAGACAGGAACAGGAAAUUUGCUUUUAGUCUUUUUUGCCUUUAUAUUGUUUUGCACAUUAUGAGAGGGGGGGGGAACUUUGGGAGAAUAUGUUUGAUUAUAUUGUGUAGCAUUUUCUUUGGCUUUUUAACUGUUUGGGUAUUUUUAAAGAAUUUUGUUUAACAGGGCCAGUACAGUAUAUGGAAUACAGUACUUUUUAUGCACAUAUGUAAUCUUGAUCAGGGUCAUAACUAGCUAGAUUUUCUUUUUAAAAAUAGAUGUCAGCUUAGCUAGCACUUCCAUUUUAUAAAAUCAGGAGCUUUGCUUCUGCUGCAAAAACAAAAACCUGCAGCUAUACCCUAAACAACUAAGAACAAAAGAAAGAUUCUGAACAGGGUUGUGAAAGAUGGAAUACUUUUUCAAAGCUCACUUGAUAUUUUGUGGUUUCUUGAGUCUUAAAGAGGAGCUUAUUCAUACUGCAAGAUAGUAUGGGUGCCAGGAAAGCUUGAAAUUCCCUCAUCAAACUACUCAAGACUUUUUUUUUGUUAUUGUAUUGUAUUUGCAAGGUAACUUGUACUUUAUUCUUGUGUAAGCACUGUCAUCUUUUAGUAGCAAAAUUUUGAUACUUUUCUUGUGGGGAGAAAAAAAAUCAAUAUUUACCGUACCGUGGAAACAAUGUAAUUAUAGUGUGACGUGUGUAUGUGUGUAUGAAUGAGAGAGCGAGAGAAUGGUUCAGUAGUUAUGCCGGCAAUCUGUGCUUGAAUGUUUAAAGAUGCCUUCAGUGUGAUGCUGGCUUGGUAGGUGAUUGCAGUUUUUGAAAUGUUAUUUACCGUGUGAAUUUGGAUAACUAACAUUCCAUGAUGUAGUUUGUUUCUGAUAAGAUGAUUGUAGGUACACUUUUUCUCAUUAUCCAAUCAUCUGCAGGAUAUUGAGUUUUUUUAAUGUGCCAUUAUCUAUUUUAAUUCUGUACUCAUGUUAAAAAUAUAUAAUAUUUUACGAUUAAGUUGUAAAAGUGCAAAAAGGAAAAAAAUAGGUAUGUGCUUUCAUACCCGAAAAUCUUUGCAUAACAGCAGAGAAAAACUACACAUUAGCAGCAUCUGGCAGUAAAAAAAGAAUUCCAUUAUGUAUAUAACAAACAUUUAAUGCAUUUAUUGUGGGUUUGUGUAACUCAUAUGUUCUAUGCUCUGUUUUAACCUAGGGUGCCAUCAAACUAUGAAAUACUCAGUUUUAAAUCAUUGGAUUUUAAUUGGUGGUAAUGGCAGAGAGCAACUCUUAAUUUGUAUGAUUUGCAACCAAACUAUAAUGGAAGAUGAACGAAGUCCUAAAAUUAUGUAUAUAUCAUUUCAGUGCUUUAAGUCUGAAAAUAAGAAUUUAAAUAUUUUGUGUAUUAAAAAUGUAAGGAAACAAGUUUGUUUUUUUUUACAAAAAGUGCUCCAGACACCUUCAUUUUAUCAGUUUUAAAGGGUUAAUUUCAGAAACAAGCUUUAAUUUUAUUUUAUUUUUAACCCACAAGUAUAGUGACGAAGUCUCCAGCACAAACUGUGAAUUCUAUAAGAAAAUCCUCUCUGGAGGAUUCAACUCUAGUCACACUGGGAUGGAGAUGUGAAUACAGUUGAAAGCAAUGCAGUGCAGGUAUAUGACGUCUACAUUUGUAUGUGUGCCUGAUGCAUACUCAUGGUUUGCAAUUCCACAAGUUCAUAUACACGUAGAAGCCGGCUUCCACACAUACUCCUCCUCCUAUGGAUCGGGGUGGAGUGUGUGUGGAUUGGAAGAACAAAGUGGUUAUGUUUCCUCCACUAAAUCUAGGAAUAAUCUGCCAGGCACUGCUCUUGCUACCCACCUUCCUUUCUGCUCCUAAGCAGCCCACUGAAAUGAAUGGUGUUCAUGCAUUAGCAGUGCCUGACGUUGUAUAAUACAGUCCUAUUUUUAAACCUUAUUUAAUAAAAAGUUUUUUGUUCGUUUGUUUUUUUAGUAAUAAAGCUGUUGCUGUUGUAAAGUAAAUCUAAAUAUGUGCAAGGAGAGAUGUAAAUGAUUUUAAUGAAGGGAUUAGUUAAAAUCCUAUGUUCAGCAAACAAGAGAACAGUUGUAUAAUCACAGAUUCCGUUUUAAAAUGUAUGUCACACUACUUCUGUACUUCGCAUUCGAGAUCCUUGCAUUUGACAUGUUUCACAAACUGUACUGUUUUUCUUCAAUGUGCAGUUUGCAUGAGUAAGUCAUCAGAGAAUAAAAUCUAUCUUUAAAUUGUAUCUAUUGCAUUGCAAUUCUAAUUUCUGAAAGGCCAAGAUGGCAUCAGAUUUCUUUUCUGCUGCAAUGGUUCCUGCCAUUUCUAUAGAACUGAAAUGCUUGCCCUAAAUGUCUUAGCAUAACAUUGAAAUCUUCCCUCAAUAUUUUUUUUAAUGUUUAAGCUGUUUUGAGCAACUCCUUGGUGGGAAAAGUUGGGACUGAAGAGAGCCUGGACAGCCUUGGCAUCUUUCUAUUUACAGUUUUACUUUCUCUGGCAAUGGAAAAAUAGGUUUGUCAUUUGAGCUCCUUUUAGAAUGCUUGUUCUUAAAUGGGAUGCAAUACCAAAGAGCAACAACAUGGUGUGUGUCUAUAGACCCAGGGCCAUUGCAUGGCUUACAAGGGGGUCUACUUGUGAGAAACUAGUCAAUCUGUGAAACUAGUAUUAGCAGCUGGGGUUGGGGUACACUCUCGGAGGCCAGAGUUUAUACGGUUGUCUUUUUGAGCCUUCUGGUUGCUGGAAACAACUCGGGUCUCUUGUUCCUUGAUCUUUAGAUCCUUGUUUCUGAUUCUAGAUCCCCUUGCCUUGCUGUGUUAUAUGUUUUCUGAACUCCCUGUGAGAUUGACCUUCAACUGUUGCUGGUUCUUGUUUCCGGAUCAUGUUUGGACCAAGACUGAUUCUCCAUGCUUGAACUUGCCUUUCUGCAACUGCACUGCACCUUCAACCCAUGUUGGCAAGUCCUUGGAUGAAAGGCUUAUACUUCCUAGGACUGAGACCCUAACCCUGAGGGCAUGUGCACCCAAUUCCCCAAAGAUCAGACUUUUUGCUAUAAGGAAAAAGACAGGAAAACACAUUAGAAAGGGUGAGACAACACUUGUUUGACACAAUGUUGUCUAGCUCACCAAAUCAGAAUGAUUGCUCAUUAGCAGGUCUUCUGUGAGCAAUCCUAGUCUAGCUAUUGGGGUUGUGUGUUCUAGAGGUAGAAAGUUUUUUGUAGGUGAAUUGAGUUCUACAGUUGCAUAAAGCUGUUCUUGCCACUCCCGGGUCAUCGAGCAUCAAAGUGAUCAAUGUGUGCGUCCUCUGUGAUUUAUAACAAAGAGGAGGAUGUUUUGAUUUCUUUGCCAUAGCUUUUAUUGUCCCAUUCAAUUAGCAAAGUGAGCAACCAUGCUGAAGGGCUGAUUAUUUUUGUGGAAAAAGUAGAUAAUGUGGCUAAAUGAAGAACAGAUGCUGUGUAUUUGUCAUUGAAUGAUAGAAACAUUUGUUAGCUGCACUCAUUGGCUCUAUGAAUUAAAAAAAAGUUGGCAAGCUAUGUACUACUUACCCAUGUGUUGAAAAUCAAGCACAAAAAUUUAUCGGGCAGGCUCAGGAGGACAUUCUGAAUUAUUGGGAAUGUUGUCAGGGGACAACAAACUAGCAACAAGCAGUGACUUUCUCCUUGCCUGCCUUUGUGGAGAUGGGAGAUCUCAGCUUGAGCCACUACAUUACAUUAAUGGCAAGAGAGAACCCAAUAGCAAGAAUUGACCAUUAGGCAAAAGGGUUCUUCCUCUCCCAUCCCUACUCCAAAAAAGACAAGCAGGGAGCCAGAGAUUAGCUUGCCUAAACACUCAACUUCUGCUAGUAGCUACUGGCUUGGAGACAUGCUCCAGCAUGUGCCAGAGACACUGAACUGGUAUGAUACCCACUAUGAUCACGUGUACCAGUCUGGUAUAUAUUCUAUUUCCCUACUGACAUGAUGGCCCCUCAAAACCCUGUAUGCAGGACUUCCUUUUUUCUGAUUUGAAACCUCUUUGGAUGAGCUUUCCUGUAACACAGUCUUCUCCAAUCUAGUGUCUUCCAGAUGUUCUGGACUACUAUCAUUCCCAGCCCAUAAGGUCAAUGAUCAGGUAUGCUGGGAGUUGUACAAAACAUCUGUCCCAAGGGGGAGUGCUUGGAUGCAUCUGGAAUUUUCCUUGAAAUUUAGACUAGAAAAGCCUAGGAAGAGUGAAAGCAGUGUGAUGCCACAUUGUGAUGGUGGCUUUUGAACAAUCUCCAGCCAAUGCAAGAGUAAUAGGUGGACAUCCUGUUAUAUUAAAAUCUUACCCCCAAGUUAAAAAAACUUAAUUUGCAAGUUACCAGCUUGGGAAGUUGCUGGGCAGUUCCAAAAACAGAUGUCUGGGUUGCAUCUCUCCCCUUAUAUGACUAUUCAGUUGAGUAUGUUUAUCACAGCAACCAUCUGAAUUGACAACCAGCUGGAAGUAAGGGCUCCAAUGGCCGUAAUUGUGUCCAAGUAUCCAAUAAUAACCUGGCUGCAUUCCCCUUCUCAGAAUCCAAACUGUUUCUGAUAGGUCCUGGAUCCCUUCUGCAUUACACCCAAUGAAAAGAAGGUCUUGUGUCUUCUUAAAAAAGAUAAUGAAACAGCUAAGUGGAGCCAUUUUUCCAGACUCAAGGACUCCAGUCUAACCAUUCUAGUGGAGAUUGUCAGGCUUUUAGAAAACAAAAGUACUGUAAUCCCCUCCAUUAAAUCACAGAGCAGUGGCAGGAAAAGCUUUAUUAACAAUUUUAUGUCAGGGAAGCUCCCUUCAACAUACUUGGGAAGGAGCACUUUCUAGCAUUCAAUGUCUAUGUUGAAGAGAGUAACAUCAGAUCAUUAGAUUCUACAGAAUGCAAGAAAUGGUUAUUGUUACCUUAGUUUUGUUUGCUUCCAGAUCUAUUCUCACAAGCCUCAGGCUCCUUCAGGGCACCACCUUCAGAUCUGGGCUACAGAAACAGCUCUAUUCUUAGAGCAGUGAUGGCCAAAUUUGGCCCUCCAGCUGUUUUGGGACUACAACUCCCACCAUCCCUAGCUAACAGGACCAGUGGUCAGGGUUGAUGAGAAUUGCAGUCCCAAAAGAGCUAGAGGGCCAAGUUUGGCCAUCUCUGACUUAGAGGAUUGUAUUCAGCUAAAUUCUGCUCCGCAUCAACCUGUUGAAAUCAAGGUACUUCAGUUAAUCAUGCCCAUUGGUUUCACCAGGUCUACUCUUUAAUUCAAGGGACGUGGGUAGCACUGUGGUCUAAACCAGCGUUUCUCAACCACUGUUCCGCGGCACACUACUGUGCCGCAAGACGGUGGCUGGUGUGCCGCGACGUGAGGCAACGAGAAGGACAAUUUGCGGCCGCCAAUAGGCAGCGCUGACCCGCCGGAAAGGAAGCCGGCCAGGUCAGUCUGGAGGGCGCGAGGGCGCGAAGGGUGUUUCUCCGUCAUUUCCUCGCGC